AUGGUUGAUACAUCAAAUUUAUUACCAUCAACUCCACGUUUCUUAAAAGUACCAUUAAUUGGUUUAAAUUUAAUCUUAUGGAUUCUUGGUUUAGUUUUAAUUAUUAUUGGUGGUGUUGCUACAUCAUUUUUAUCAAACUUUAAAGAUUUCACAAAUGCUUCAAACGCCAAAUCAGCUUUAAGCAAUUUAACCACCUCAGUUCCAGCUGGUGUUAUUGUUAUUGGUAUUUUCUUCUUCCUUUUAACCCUUGCUGGUUGUUAUGUUGCCUAUAAAGAAAAACUCGUUGGUCUUGUUAUCUACUGUGUUCUUAUGCUUGUUCUUUUAGUCAUUUUAAUUGGUAUCAGUGGUAAAGCUCUCACCUUACACAACGAUGAUGUUUUACCAACUGUUGGUGAUAAUUGGAUAAUUAUUUCCAACAAGAAUGAUGAAAAAUCAAUUAAAGUUAUCAAUGGUCUCGAAAAAUUCUUAGAAUGUUGCAAUUGGAAUGCCACCGAUACAACUGAUAAAAACGUUUUCUGUCCACCAAAAUACGUAAAUAUGACAGUUGAUUCAAAUUAUCCAUAUUGUGAAAACAAAUUAGGUGACCAACUUUCAUCAAAACUUUACAUGGUUGGUGCUACUGGUGUCGCCAUUGGUAUUAUCGAAUUAGUUGCUGUAUUAUUUGCUCUCUUCUUAAUCGUUCGUAUUUGCAGAUCACCAAGACCAAAACAAUAUGAUAGCAACUAUUAAAUAGAUAACAGUUUGCACAUUAUUCAAAUAUAAACUCAAAGAUUCAAUUAUUAUUUAAACCACCUCACAAAUAAACCUAUUUUUUAUAAAAUAAUAAUAAAAUAAAACAAUAAAAAAAAAAUACGUAAUAAUACCUUUUUUUAUUUUU